UCGCGUGUGUUUGUGUGAGUGGUGCCGCGGUGCCUGAUGGGGGAUGUCUCCGCUGUGUGGACCUGGAGACAUGGAGACAUGUCCACCAUGUUGUCUCCGGAGCAGCCCGGUGUAACGGCCUCUACGGGCCUCUAGAGCCGGUUACCGGAGCCGCGGAGACCGGUGAGCUCUGCUGGGUGUUAUAGAGGUUAGAGAGGGGGGAGAUCACCGGGCUCUCCUCCGGUAGUAGUCCCGGGGCUCUGGGUCUGUCGCUGGGUUAGAGAGGAGGGUUUAGUCCCGGGGCUCUGGGUCUGUCGCUGGGUUAGAGAGGAGGGUUUAGUCCCGGGGCUCUGGGUCUGUCGCUGGGUUAGUGGAGGUAUAGUGGAGGGUGGUGGUGGUUAUAGUGGUAUUAGUGGUAUUAGUGGUUAUAGUUGUUAUAGUUGUUAUAGUGGUAUUAGUGGUUAUAGUGGUAUUACUGGGUAUUGUAGGUUUAGAGAGUUAAAGGAUGAGUAAACUGUCGUUCCGGGCUCGAGCGCUGGACGCCUCUAAACCGCUCCCGGUGUACCGGAACACGGACCUCCCGGACCUGAAGGACUGCGUCUCCAUCAACAGAACCGUCCCGAGGAUGCCCAGCGGCAUGGAGCGAGAGGAGGAGCUGGAGCAUCACCUGCAGAGGGCGAUCUCAGCCCAGCAGGUGUUCCGGGAGAAGAAGGAGAACAUGGUGAUCCCCGUACCUGAAGCAGACAGUAACACAACCUACUACUACCGUCUGUACAAAGGAGACGUCAACGUUCCCAAACAGCUCAUCCACAUCCAGCCUCUAGGUCUGGAUCCGGAGCAGCCGGACUACGACAUGGACUCAGAGGACGAGACGCUGCUCAACAGACUCAACAGAAAGACGGAGAUCAGACCUCUGCAGUUUGAGACCAUGGUGGACCGACUGGAGAAGAGCAGCACACGGCAGCUGGUGUCCCUGUCGGAGGCGAAGGUUCUGCUCAGUGAGGAUGACUACCUGCUGAAGGCGGUGUAUGAGUACUGGGUGAGGAAGAGGAGGAGCUGUCGGGGUCCGUCUCUGGUUCCCAUCAUCAGACCGGAGAGACGAGACGGAUCCAGCGGAGACGCCUACGUAGCCUUCAGACGCAGAACCGAGAAGAUGCAGACCAGGAAGAACCGAAAGAACGACGAAGCUUCGUACCAGAAGAUGUUGAGACUGAGACGAGAGUUCAGCCGGACCGUCUCCGUCCUGGAGAUGAUCAAGAGGAGAGAGAUGUCCAAGAGAGAGCUGCUGCACCUCCACCUGGAGGUGACGGAGAGGAGGUAUCAGAUGGAGGACUUCAGUGGAGACACUCUGAGAGACGUUUGUGUUCCUCCGGUGGAGAAAGCAGCGUUCUGCUCCAGCGUUCCUCUGAACAACAGACACAGAGCUGACGUCAAGGUACUGAACAACAGACACAGAGCUGACGUCAAGGUACUGAACAACAGACACAGAGCUGACGUCAAGAUGCAGAAGAAGCUGGUCUCCGUCAGGGACGAGCUUCCCUUCGACCCGAUCAGACCAAAGAAGAAGAACAUCAGACGCGACCGAUUGUAUCCUCCACAGAGACGUCCGGUUCGACCCCACGGUCCCUUCACCGUCAACAAGGCCGACAUCAAACAGUACGACUUCCACAGCUCCGGAGACGACGACAGCCCUCCACCGCCGCUGUCUCCUCCGUCUUCACCUGAUGAAGAAAAUAAUCCUGAUGGUGUUUUUGUCUUCAGGAGAAAAACUGGAUGUCAAUAUCUCUCUCCUGGUACUCAGCAGGCGGGUGGAGUUAAUCGUCCUCAGUGUCUCCGUCACUCUCUGGCUGAGCUGACGCUGCCUCGUCAUUGGACGGGACUGAGCCGGCGCAGGAUAGGACGGGGGGGCAGGAUCCUCCUGGACCGAGCCUCCUCAGGUCUGGAUCCAGUACUGAAGCAGCUGGACUCUUUAUCACAUCCAGUCUGCAGGACCAGAACCAGGACCUGUAAUGACCUAGACACACUGGAGCAGAAACCCCCCCUGACCUCAGGAACCACCGCCCCCUCUUUGACUGAAGUCCUGAACAACAUCCAGACCCUGAGGAAGUUCUGCUUCAGACCCAGAUUGGUUCAGGUCCAGAGGGAAGUCGUCAGAAGGACCAUAGAGUCCUCUAUAGAGGACAACAGACUGACCUGUUGUCUGUCUCCAGACAACAACUCAGCAGGGGGCAUCACUGAGGAGCAAUACCACAGUCAUCAACAGCAGCUGAUCCAGAUGCAGAAGCAACAGCUGGAACAGCUGGAACUACAGAACAACACUGUUUUAUAUAGACACACAGCACUGCACCAAACACAGUCCACCAGGUCCGGUGAGUCCAGUUCGAAGACUCUGGACUCGGCCAGAGCUCAGUUUGCAGCCUCGGCUGUGAUCAGCGCUCCUCGUCCUCCUCCUGGUCUCAUCAACGGAGAGACCAGACCCUACAAGACCAGCGUCAACGGAGUCCUCCCCCCUUCAGGUCCCUGCAGGCCUCCGUACUCUUCCUCUUCACCUCUCAGCAGGUUGGGUCUUUCAGCUCGGGGGUCGCUCCCCUCCUCCUCCUUCCGUCAGUCCCUCCCCAACCAGAGGAGCCAGGUGGGAGUCGUCUCCCCCGCCCACCCCCACGCUGCUCGCCCCUCCGCCCCUCCAACGUCUGCCUUAAAGCUCGCCACCGUCGCCUCCAGCCUCGACCGAGUACCCAAAGUCUCCACCGCCAGAGACUCUCACGAGUCGGAGAGACUUCUGAAUGGACUGUCAGAGAACACGCUGCCCAUGGAGGUCACAUAGCAUCCCAUCAUCAACUCCUCCUCCUCUUCCUCCUCUUCCUCCUCUUCCUCUUUCUCCUGAAUGUGACACGCCGUGACCUCCAGAAGAAGAAAAUGGCGUCAGAAUUAGUGUGGAUAUUAUUAUUAUUAUGAUUAUUAUUGUUGUUGUUGUUGUUGUUGUUAUUGUUAUUGUUGUUAUUGUUGUACAGUCUGUAAAUGUCUUUGAUGUAAAAUA